AUGAUCAAAGUUUCUGGGGAAAUUCCAAAGCCUGUUAUUACCCAGGAGCCCCCCAGUGGAGAGAUCUACACAGGAGAGAGAGUCACCCUGAGCUGUGGGUUUGGGGGAGAUGCUGCUGGCUGGGAGUAUCUCUGGUACAAAGACACACAGGGAGCAGCUGUGCUGAUCCUGGAGACUGGAUGGACAGAGAUCUUCACUACAGACAGUCUGACACUGAGGUGUGAGAUUCAGGGGAUCUCUGCUGAGUGGAACUACACAUGGUACAGAGACGGAGAGCAGAUUCCACUAGAUCACACUGCAGACAGAUACAGAGAUGAGUUGGCCCUCAAUCCUGAGAGUGGGAGGACUGAAGAGCCCCAGGGCACACAGGCGGCCUCAUCCUCCAAGAAAAGGGAGUUAGUGAUAGUUGGAGACUUCCUGGAGCAUGCGGACAAGCUCCUGGCCAGAGCGGGGGAGGAUCCAGUGGUCAUGGUUCAUGUUGAAGCCAAUGACGUAGGAAGGGUUCACCGUGCCGUGGAGAACAAGGUUCGGAUCUGUGUGGGUGUGGCGAUCCUGCUCUUUCUGUCUGUCAUUAUGACCGAGGCCUUCUGGAAGAGAAGAGACAGUGGUCUGUAUCAGUGUGAAGGCACGAAAGGAAGUCAGCAUAUUUUCAGUAACUUCCAUAACCUUACUGUCUCUGCUGUUCGUCCUCAGGCUGCUGUGGUCACAGAUCCCCCAGACUCACUGAUGUACACAGGAGAAACUGUCACCCUCAGCUGUGACAUCAUAACAGGGUCUGGAUGGAGAUAUUCAUGGGUCAGGAACAAACAGGAAAGACUGGAGAGUCUCUAUCCCAGCAGCACUGAAAGCCAACAAAAGCACAUCCUCCACUCUGUGACAGAGUCAGACAGUGGGGAAUACAUCUGUCAGGGUGAGAGAGGACAAAAUCCUACAAUCCAGUCUCUCCCUGGAUCACUUAUUCUCAACGUAUCUGCAGGGGAAAGGCCAAAGCCUGUUAUUAUCCAGGAGCCCCCCAGUGGAGAGAUCUACACAGGAGAGAGAGUCACCCUGAGCUGUGGGUUUAGGGGAGAUCCUAAUAAUACUUUAAAUCUACAUCUGUCACACGUGCUCUAUUGUCCUGUUUUCUUGUAUAUUAUAUUUAACACGUUUAGAUGCAAAAUAUGUGAUGUUGCAGCUCGUCCUCAGGCUGUGCUGAUCCUGGAGACUGGAUGGACAGAGAUCUUCACUACAGACAGUCUGAUACUGAGGUGUGAGAUUCAGGGGAUCUCUGCUGAGUGGAACUACACAUGGUACAGAGACGAAGAGCAGAUUCCACUGGAUCACACUGGAGACAGAUACAGAGUGAGAUCUGGGAAUGGAUCCUAUCACAGUGAAUAUAAGUGCAGGGGGAACCGGCCUGAGAAGCCAUCUAAUUCCAUCUUCAGUGAUGGUUUAGUACCAGUCAAUAGAAUUCACUGUGCUGUGGAGAACAUGGUUAGGAUCUGUGUGGGCGUGGCAAUCCUGCUCUUCCUGUCUGCCAUUAUGACCGAGGCCUUCUGGAAGAGACUAAGACAGGCCAAGAUGUGCUGCACAGUUACAAUCACAGGAGGGAGACAAGGAGAAGAGGAUGACUGAACAUCAAUCAUAUAUCCUGUCUUACUGACUGUUCAGCACAG